AUGAAAGCCCCGCCCCUCCGAGUGUCGCUGGUUGAUGACGACAGAGCUAGCUUCACAGCGCUGUUGUUUAAACCGAAGAUCUAAUUUACUCCUGAAACAAGCCGUCGGCAGGUGAAGCUCCAGUGUUUGUAUUUCUGCAGUGAUGCACGUGUCGGUGCGUGAAGUCCGAGUCUCGGCGGAACCUGACUCCUCCUACUUCCUGCGGGUGGACUGGAGGAGGCGGGGCUUAGGUUCAGGCUUCCAGUUGCUGCUGACUGACGGACGGGACGCUUGGAGAGGAGACGUGAGUGAGGCAGCAGUGCGUGAGGAGGCGGAGGAGCUGGAGAUGCAGAUGGAGCGCUACGUCCAGGACCUCCAACAGGCCCUGACCGACACAGAGAGCUCCGUCACGUACAGCUUCACCCUGACGCCGUCGCCACCGCAACGCAGCUCCACCGUCACGCUGGCAUAUGAGAAGGUUCAGAAGGACAUCUCAUUCAGGUUGGGUUCUGUUCUGCUGCAGGCCGUCCCGGAGCCGGUGGAGGCGGUGAGAGAGUUACUGAUGCACAGCCUGCAGAGGGGGAACAGGCUGCAGCAGCACAACCAGAACCUGGAGGAGCAGAACCUCCGACUGAGAGGAGAACAGCAACGCAUCACUGCAGAGCUGAAGCGCUAUGCUGGUGGUAAGGACGUCCUGGAGGCAGAGCUGUACUCUCGCUUUGUUUUGGUCCUGAAUGAGAAGAAAGCAAAGAUCCGCAGCCUUCAGGAAGAUGUGACACACCUGCAGGACAGCAGUUCUGAGGGAAAGAAAAAUAAGGAUCCAGAGAAGCGGACGGCCGAGCCGGAGGAGGAUGAAUACGGAGGAAGUACCGACGAAGAGGAGCCAGAGGAGCUGCAGUCGACUGCAGCCUCCAGCACGUCGACCCGGGAGCGCUCUGCUGCCAGCCCAUUGGACGACAGUCUGAAGGACCUCACAGACGUGGCCCCCUGCCGCAAGCGCCGCUUCCGCCACCUCGGGCCCCCGGACCCCGCGGUUAAAAGAGCGAGCCCUCAGGGCGCCCAGAGAAAGAGCCACAACGUCUUCAUCCUUCACACGCUGCGACACAGGAGACGCUCCUACUCCUGCUAA